CUCCCCUCCGUGGCGCUUCCGUCUGUGGCGCUUCCGUCCGUACCCUCAGUCUCGCUGCCAGCCCUCUCGUUACCCUCCGUGGCAAUCCCGUCCAUUUCGAUCCCGUCGAUCGCCGUCCCCUCCCUCAAUGUCCCAUCACUUAACGUCCCUUCGAUUGCGGUACCGUCAGGCACCAUCCCGAGCAACGCUGCUUCACCUAUCCUCCCGUCCGCGCCCGCCUCGCCAACCGCCGCUCCCCCCGGCACCGCGGCGCUCUUUGACAUUCUCGGCCUCAUCGGCACCACGCUGACGACGAUCAACAACGAACUCAGUAAUAUCUUCCAGCCCAACGUCAACAUCCUCGACAAGCCCGUCGCGGACCGCCUCAGCGAGCUGGUGAACAGCCUCGGCACCGCGGGCCCCCUCUACUCCACCAUCAGCCUGGCCCUGGCCCAGGCGAAGAACCUCGGCACGACGCUCUCGCCCUCCGACUCGGAGGCCCUCGUCCGGAGCUUCAACAACGACGUCGUCCAGAGCUUCUCCCAGCUCCUGCAGGGGCUCGAAAGCAAGCGGGACCAGAUCGCGCAGGUCUCCUCCGCCGCUCUCACCAACGGUGUCGAGGGCGCCACGACCAUCGUCAGGGGAAUCUUCAACAACCUGAACUUGGGUCUUGUGAGACAGAUUGAUCUCAACAACCUUAUUAUCGGUCUCCUGGACCCGGCCUACCGGCCACAGGGUGUUGAGGUGACCAACUCGCUGCAAAUUCUCCUGAAGCUCAGCAUCAACCUUUACCUCCCCGGAGAGUAG